GUCAUGAACAACAAACAGAAAGUUGAAAGUUCAGCUUCGACCUCCUUUGUGUCUGCAUGUGGGGACUUUGAUGAGAACUCAUUCCUUGUUGAAGACAUUGAAAUCUGAGACCUCGAGCUUGACCGAGUAAUCGGCGAAGGAGCUUGGGGAACUGUCUGGCAUGCCAUCGACCCUAUAACUAAGAUUAGUUAUGCAGUCAAGGUUGUCUCUAAGUAUUCCUUGCUGAAGAAUAAGCAGCAGGAGCAUGCAAAGAGAGAGAGGGAAAUUAUGCCUCAGUUAGACCAUCCAUUCAUCGUCAAGCUUAAAAAGUUUAGUCAAGAUAAAAGAUGCAUAUAUUUCAUCCAAGAGUUUGUUAAUGGAGGAGAAUUCAAAACUUUUGUCAAGAGGAACAGACGUCUCAACAAAGAAUUAUAUCAAGGCUCAUUUUAUGCAGCUCAGAUAGCAAUGACACUCAGUUACCUUCACUCUGAAGGCAUCAUCUACAGAGAUUUAAAGCCUGAGAACAUGAUGAUGGACCAGCAAGGAUACCUCAAGUUGAUCGACUUCGGUCUCAGUAAGAAGAUAACUGGAGAUGGAAGGUCAGGCAAGACUAUGACGAUGUGCGGUACCCCAAAUUAUAUUGCUCCAGAAGUUAUUUUAAAUAAAGGCUACAGUUUCCAAGCUGAUUGGUGGUCCUUUGGCGUCGUCCUCUACGAGAUCUUUUAUGGUCAAAUGCCAUUCGAAGGCGAUACCCCCUUCGAUCUCUGAAAGAGCAUUAUUAAGGACAAACCCAAUUUCUCUAAGAAAAUUGAUGAUAAACUGAAUCUUUUGAUAAAAGGGCUCCUAAGAAAGGAUCCUAGGAAGAGAUAUGGAGCCAAGAAAAUUCUUGAGAAUAAAUUCUUCAAAGAUACAGAUUAUAAAGCUAUUUUCACAAAGGAUAUGGAAGCUCCUUUCCGGCCUUCAGUGGAAUCAAGUAAUGAUACGAAAUACUUCAAGAAGAUUAUGUUCCCUAAGGUGAAUGAAGCGAACUCUCCUGAGCUGCACCCAAGAGAGGAUAUUUUCAAGCACUGGUAGACUAUCUGUCUGGCAAUGAACCUAUUUAUCCUAAAAUUUCCUGAAAUUUGCAUUUCAA